CUCUAUCAAACCCCACAGCCCUGCAACAGUCCACAGCCGUGUAAAGGUCCUCUCUUCUCCAGUUCUCUCUUGACCAGCAGAAAGUCAGCCAUCAUGUUUUACAGCCAGAGCAUCGCCAGCGGUCCUUCCGUCAUCACCAGGCAGAGCCGCAGCUACACAUCCAGUGCUGCUCCCCACAAGGCUCACAGCGUGUCAGGAUUCGGUCUGAGGGGAGCCCCCCGAAUCUCAUCCUCCUCCAGCCGCAUGGUGUCCUCCGGCUAUGGAGGCGGCAUGGGGUUCGGCGGGGGGUUCGGCGGGGGAUUCGACCUCUCCAACGCCCUGGAUCAGACCAACGUCAAGCUGAAUGAGAAGGCUACCAUGCAAAACCUGAACGACCGUCUGGCUUCCUACCUGGAGAAGGUCCGCUCCCUGGAGGCGGCCAAUGCCAAGCUGGAGCUGCAGAUCAGAGAGUACUACGAGCAGAAGGGCCCAGCAGCAGAGAGGGACUACAGCCACUACUGGGCCAUCAUCAACGACCUGAAGGACAAGAUCGGUGCCGCCACCAUUGGAAAUGCCAACAUCCUGCUCCAGAUUGACAACUCCAAACUGGCUGCUGAUGACUUCAAGACCAAAUUCGACCAUGAGCUGAUGAUGCGCCAGUCAGUUGAGGCUGACAUUGCCAACCUUCGCCGCCUGCUGGACCAGACUACCCUGACAAAGGCCGACCUGGAGAUGCAGAUUGAAGGUCUGCAGGAUGAGCUGGCGUACCUCAAGAAGAAUCACGCAGAGGAGCUGGCAGCAAUGCGCUCACAGCUUAGUGGCACAAUCAACGUGGAGGUCGAUGCCGCACCUCAGCAAGACUUGAACAAAGUCCUGGAGGAAAUCCGUGCCCAAUAUGAAACCAUCACUGACAAACAUCGUCGUGACCAAGAGUCCUGGUUUAAUGAGAAGUCCGCAACUCUAUCUAAGGAGGUCGCCAUGAGCACAGAGACAAUCCAGACAUCCAAGACAGAGAUCAAUGACCUGCGGCGCACACUCCAGGGCCUGGAAAUCGAGCUGCAGUCUCAGCUCAGCAUGAAAGGGGCACUGGAAAACACACUGGGAGAAACGGAGGGUCGUUACAGCGCCAUGCUCGCUGGUUUCCAGAAUACAAUCAACAUGCUUGAAUCAGAGGUAGCCAACGUGCGCUCGAGCAUCGAGCAGCAGGGCCAGGAAUACAGGAUGCUGCUGGACAUCAAGACCAGGCUGGAGCAGGAGAUCGCCACCUACAGAGCCCUGCUGGACACCGAGGAUUCCAGACCAAUUGGUACAGGGAGCACAAAGACCACAGUCACAUCCACCACGAUGCGCACUUCCAGCUAAGAGGUCCAGCCAGGAGGGCUAGCUGGCAGGACAAGCUGUUCUCCAACACAUGCACACACAUGCACACCUACUCUAUGUAAUAAAACUGUUACAUGAGAUGAGUGAAACUUUAUUGGAAAAUGUGUAAUAUUAACACCUGUGUUAAAGUAAAUGAUUAACACUUUGCAAACAAGACAAAAACCUGAUGUAGAGUUAUCUGUGUUAGUAUGUGUGUGUGUGUGUGUGUGUGUGUGUGUGUGUGUGUGUGUGAGCAGUCUGACAAAAUAAAUCUGCUGGUUAAGAUAA